UUUUGUGUUCAAUCGACCAUGGCAACAGCUAGUCGAGAAAAUCACCUUCAGCAAAAUAAAUAAAAUAUUGACUUGAAUAGUUGAAUCCAAGCUUUGAACACUAAAAAUGCGCACCCUUACCAUGCCCGUAAUAUGUCUGCAAUUUAUUUCGCGAUUUAACUUUUUAAUUUUUCAGCCGUGCGAAUGGUAUAUAGAUGGAAAAAUAUUCGCAUGAUUUGAAAUUAAUUAAUAUUGUACUGAUUGACAACCAAAUGUGUGGGAAAUUAAGAAUCUAAAUUUGGGGAAGUAAAAUUAAUCAAGAAUGAUUUUUAAUCAUAUCGGGAUGUAAAAUGCUGAGCUAGUAGCUACAAACUUAAACAACAGAAUAAUGUAAUAAUGAUUUUUUGUUUCGACAGCAAGAAAGCAAAGCUCGAAGCAAAGCUCGAAGCAAAGCCCAAAUCAAGAUUAUUGAAGGCCAACAAUUUGAUUAGCAUUCCACUCACGGCGAAGCUCGAGAAAAAAGCAAAAAGUUACCAUUCAAGUUCACGGGGAAUUUGAAAGGUAACUAACCGAUGUGAAGAGCAAUUUUGACUGGGAGCCAUCUCCAUACAUGUGAAAUCGCCAAUCAACAACUUUUAGGAUUUUUUUUCCAUCAUUUCAAAGGGCGGUGGCUCAAUUCAACGCAGUUUAUGGAGAUAUGAAAAAUAAGGGUGCGGUCCCGCAGUGCAUCUUAAGCUCGUCUUCGCUCCCGCAAUAUAAAGGAAGCCCAGCUCGCAAGUGAAUCACAACGGUCGUCCCAAGUGAAACAACACAACUGUCUGCAACAAUCAAGAGAAAAUGUUGGGCGAUCAAAAAGGUUUUUCAAAAAUGAUCGUCUUUUUUGCGAUCGUGACUCUGCUGAGCUUCUGCAGCCCGGCCUCCAGUUUCGCCUUCCUGCCUCGCGUCUCCCGUACAAACGACGCCGUCAUCGUCGAUUUUGACGGUGUGGGAUAUGCUCCAUCUUAUCAAGGCAAGACGCUGUACGGCCAAAUAACCAAUCCAGGAUUCGUGCUGCUACCAUCCUUCAAUCCUUAUUACCCAAUGGCGUAUCGCCAGCAGGAGCAGACGCCCAACGGAUGGAUCUAUUCAUACGGUUAUCCUACUCCCCUUGCUCUUGAAGAUGUCUUGCCCGUCAGGCAAACAACAACGCCUGUUUGCGGUGCUGGACCGGCCAUGCCUGCUACACGAGCAUUGUCUAACGAAAGGAUCUCUGGCGGAACCUCAGCCAAAAAGGGAGCUUGGCCUUUCAUGGUAGCCCUGAAAAAAAUUGAUGGUUCGUUAUUUUGCACGGGAAGUUUGAUUAGUGACACACGAGUUUUAUUGGCGGCUCAGUGUUUGGAAAAACUGUCUUUGUACGAGUUAAGUGCUGUGACUGUAUUGGUUGGGAUGUUUAAGACGGACCAAUCCGACGUCCAGAUGACAAGGAGGAUCAGUAAAAUAUUUCUUCACAGGCAAUACAAUGCUGCCACCUAUGCCAAUGAUAUCGCCAUCAUUGUAAUGGACUCUCCCGUGGUUCUUGCCAAGGGUGUUGCUUCCACUGUUUGCUUGCCACCGGCGGGUACCGAUGACGAUUACGUCGACCAGGAUGCCAUUAUUUUGGGAUGGGGAGCACCUACUGCUGACAUAAAACCCCAAAACCUGGAACAAGCCAAGGUUUCGAUUAUUUCUAACUUCGACUGCAAGGCCGACACCGACAGAUAUGCUGGUCAAUAUGUUACGGACACCACCAUCUGCACUACUGUUGGAAAUGCUGUAAAAUACACAUGCUUGACUGACGUCGGCGGUCCAGUAGUUAUUCUCCCUUCUCCAGGAGCCUGGACCAUAGUCGGAAUCAACAGCUACACCAAGAGUUGUUCAUACCGUGGCCUUAAAACCAGAGUGUCGGCGUUCAGGACAUGGAUUGAUCAAUACUUGACCAUGGAUUAAACCUAAUCCACACCAAGGACGACUACCAACGUGAAACGAUAUGGCAAUGAAAAAUUCCAACUCUUCUUUUUAGUUGCUAUCAAUAAACUUGCUUAAAAUUUCUUUUACGAUGGAGGUGGGCAGUCGAACUGUCGAAAAUGCUAUUGAUUAUCUAUGGGGAUGACGUCCUCCUUCCUGUUACAUUUUCUCAUCGUAUUCACAUUUUCUGUCUUCCCGAGUUUUUAUAUGCAAACGUAGUAAGAUCCUACACAAAUGAAGUUUUGCCUUUCCGUUGUUAAACGACUUGAUUUCCCAUUUGUGGUCCAGCGGGCGAUUGGUGUGCAUAAACACAUUUUGCCA